GAGUUGUGUCCCCAGUUCGUACCAUCAUGCCGUACGACCAACAGCCCGGAGGCUCUCAAGUACCGGUUUAAAAUUUUCCCCCAGUCAAGUUCCAGUUAAACCCAUCGUUUCCCCCAGUGUUACCAGAUCAACUGCUGGACCCCCCCCCAGGACGACCAAAAACGCAUCGUCUAAAAGUGCUGUUUGAAAAAAAAAAUAAAAAAGAGUGCGAGGGAGGAGCGACCUCGAGGGACGACUAGUUCGAAGGACGUCGGCUCCUUAAGGAAAUUAAAACAAAAGAACACUUGUUGAAAAAUCGGAGCUAGGAGCCCCGUUGGGGAAACGAUCAAUUCUAUUUCUUCACUCGAUUUUAGACCAGUUGAGCUGUUUUUUUUUCUUUUUUCAACGAUAAAUAUGGCGUGUGAACAGUGGUGUUUCUUAGUCCGUGGAUGUAUCGUUGGUUUCACAUUGUGCCUUCUCGUUGAAUCCAGCAUUGUAGUUCCUGAUGAUAAUGACAAGUACGAUAUCAUUGGGGAGAAUGAGGGGAUCAUCAAGCACGUGUCCCAGGAUGGAGUGUACAGCGUCUCCAGGGAAAAACGAUCCGUUGAACCACCUCCAAUGGCAAAUGCAACAACAUCGCCAAUUGCUCAGGAUUCUAUUCAUAAUCCACCGCUGAUUAAAGUGAAAACCGGUUCAACAGCCAAUGUAACGUACUCAACUAACAACGCCUCUAAUUCAACAACUCCACCAACAAUCUCAACAGCUAUUGCACCGACCGUGAAACAAGAGGAUGGAAAAAGUGGACAGAAUAUUACGGCUACAUCGACACCUCCGAGUCCCGCCAAAGUACCGUUCGUCUGGGCAAAUGAGACAAGAUGGGCGAAUGCAACGAAGGAUAAAGGUCCCACCAGAGAGGAUAACAAAACGACUAAAGUGAACUUGACGCAAACCUCGGACUCCUCGGACUCAGACAUCGACAGCAUAACAAUUGAUAAAUUCAAUGGUGUAACCAACACAACACUCACCCAGAACAACAUAACGAAAACUGAGGAGGACAAUCAUCUUUAUUACAACAGCACAUUCAUCGUUGAUGAGAGUAUCGGAAAAAGUUUGUGGAUCGAUCUCGAUAAUCAUCCUAAUAGACAGGUCAAUACUCUAUUGAGUGACAGUCAUCGCAGAGCAGCCACUGUUAAAUUAACUUUCGAUUUUCCAUUCUACGGGCACAAAGUUCGUAAUAUAACUAUUGCUACUGGUGGAUUUUUGUAUACUGGGGAAUUUGUGCACAGUUGGCUAGCAGCCACACAGUACAUUGCCCCCCUCAUGGCGAAUUUUGAUACGCGACUGUCAAAGGACAGUCAUGUCACAUAUGCCGACAACGGCACGGCCUUCACAGUGGAAUGGUCCAAAGUAAUUCUCCAAGAUAAGCAAGAGGCCGGUCCAUUCACGUUUCAAGUGACACUCCACAAAAAUGGAAAUAUCGUAUUUGUGUACUCUGUCAUGCCACUUUUGGUUGAAGAAAUCGAGGACAAAGCUCAUCCCGUUAAAGUAGGACUUAGUGACGCCUACAUCAUGGACAAAACUCUCUACUGUAAGUUUGGCGAAUGGAAAAUUCAUAAAAAAUUAAUAAACAAUUUGUCGAGAUAUUUCAAGGAAAAAUACUUUUGUGAAAUUACUCAUUCUUUCGUGGUUCACUUGACAUGCAAAGACGACUUAUCAAUUUUUUUUUCAGCUCACGAACACAUGAAUAUGAAUCACAUGGGAGUCUCGGGAAUAAUUGGAAUCCUCUUGGUAGUCUCUCUUAUCGCUGGACUGGCAGGCUGGGCUGCCUAUGCUUAUCGCAAUCCUCACAGCGCAUCAGGUCAAAUGUUAAUCAGAUACCGUCCAAGUCAAUGGAACUGGCGACGAGGUGAGGCUCGUUACACAGCUGCAACAAUUCACAUGUGAUGAGAUAAUAGCCGAUAACAGUCAACCUUGACACUGUCGGACCAGGAGUUCUUUCCCCUGUCACCUUUUUGAAAAAGAUAAAAAAAAAUUAUAUCACGAGGCCGAUAAGAGAUCUUUAUUACUCCUAAGUUGCGCCCUUGCUGCACUGAUGCAUCACUUCCAGAAUUUCUGGAUCUUUCAGCUGGAAAAUUCAGAGAAUAAAUCGAUUUUCUUUAUUCUAUCAAUGGACCAAUUAUGUGAUAUCGUACGGCAAUGCAAUCGUAAAUCUGUAAAUCUGUUUUCCAUUUUGACGAAAUUCGUUAUUUUUCAAAUAUGAUGUGAAUUAAACAUGAAAAAUCUUUCGAGAUAAAGAUUUAUUGUAUAUUUCAAAAAAUAGUAAUGUUUUACUAGAUAAAUUCUUGAAUCUAGUUGUGAAAGAUAUCACGACGAAUUUCUAUUGAUUUUGGUAUUUUUUUCGAAAUUUAUCAUUGAGAUAAUUCAGUUGUAAAGAAUUUCUUGAAAUUUGAAUUAUGUUGGAACUUAAUGGCAGCUUGAACUCCUAGACUCACCUGAAAAAUAAAAAAUUCAAUUGUAUCGAAUUUUUACCAGUUAAAUUCAGAGGAAUUAACUUUCAAUAAUUUUAGAAAAUUAUAAAAAUUAAUACCGCAGGAUCAUCAAUCAAAAAAGCCACGAGAAUGUUGUGUAAUCGUUAAUAAUUACGAGUGUAAUCAUUAACACUGCCUUUUUCACGACUGAUCCUGAAAUCAGAAAAAUGUCAAGUGCCUUCGCAGUCAAUUACGUGAAAAUCAUGAUAGUUGCAUUAGAAGACAAUUGAGGUAGCAAUAAUAACCGGGCGAUCGAGUAAUCAUGUGAUUAGCAGGAUGUGGUGGACUUUCUUAUUUUUUAAGAAUACGCGUUUCCUUUUUUUAAUCAUUGAUUAAACAAAUUCUUCGCUGUAAUUGUUUUAGGUAUAUAAUCUUCUCAAUCUGCGGUGAACAUUGUAACAAUCCUAGGAAGAAUACAGUGAAUUAUUUUUGAGAUAUUGGAUUGAGAAAUUUCAGUUGCUAAAUGCAGAGAAUAAAAACGAGAA